AUGCCCAAGUCUAUCGGGGACCGUUAUUGCUUUCCACCAGUUCCGGCGCAGUUUAUUCCCGGGAGAACGGGUGCUGGUCUGCUAAUAUUGAACGGCUUCACAUUUUACAUGAAGAAUCACCAAGCGCACGGGAAGAAACAGUGGUACUGCUCAUCGAGAGACGUGCACGGAUGUCGUGCUGACGUCAUCACGUACAAGGGAAUUUAUUAUCUCCCGUCACACCGUACAGGGAGUAUGGUGUUAAUAUUUAAAGAUAACAAGUAUUGGAUCAACAAUCGAUACCAGAACACUAUAAAUUGGACGUGCCGCGACAGAAAGCGUCUCGGGUGCAACAGUUGUGUACAAACGACAGUUGAGGGAAGGUACAUCAAGCACAAAGGUUUCCAUAACCACGAGGACAACUAUACGAAAUAUAAUUUUAAUGACUGAUCCAAAGCCAUGCCAGUUAUAACUUCUGUCAAAAGUUAUAGUGAAUAAUUUAUUGUGUUCGCAGCGUCAUUUGGUAAGUUUCGACCAUUUGCUGCAAACGCGAAAAAGGACUGAUUUAAUCUUAGUUUUUAGUAAGUUAAUAUUAUUAUUGUAUAUGUACAUAGCUCUCCGGGAGAUGGCGUUUGAGUCUGAGGUUAAUACCAUAUUUUUUUUAAUUUAGUUGCACAUAGUGCUACUUAAAUGAUUUUUAACAACUUUUGUACGUCGUAUAUAUAUGUAAGUGGAGGCUAGUGAGUGACUCUUACUCUGUACUUACUUCCUUAUUCUGUGAUGAAAGCAAGCGGAGCUCAGUUUAAUAUAUGUUACAUUACCUUUUUUUUAACCUUAGGGCGUUUAUAAUAUUUAGAGCCACAAUUCGCAGGUAUUUUAUUUGUUAAACCUUUAUAAAAAUAUCACUAAAUUAUGGGUACUAUUCUGUAUGUGUCCAUAAUUUUAAAGUGUAUCUGUAUAAAUCUAUUAUAUCCUUAAUAAUUGAAUAUACAGUCGUCUUCUGUUUAUUCAUAUGUACUUCAUUAGGUUUAUGAAGUGUACUUGAUACUCAUUUUAAUCUUAAAAACAAAAAAGCAAAGUCUGUAUCUAAGUGUUUUGACGGUUGAUCCAGAUUUGAUCCUUCAGUGACAUUUUAGUAGCGGUUGGCUUUAGUUUCUAUCACAAAAUUAAGUAUAUAUUUUUUCUAGAGAAAUAAUUGAUAAAGGUUCCUAAAGACUUCUAACAAAAUCUGUAUGAGUUUUUAGUAAUUAUUACUAAUUAGUUGGUGCCAAACGAUUAACACUAGGCUCUCAGCAGCGAUCUAAUAAUUUGGCUGAAAAUACCUCGUUUAGAAGUGAAACACGUGACGCAAAACGUGUGUGGACGAAAUAGCAUUUGGAUAUUGAUAGUUAAUAUGGAAGAUCGUAAAGUUCUGGUAAUAACAAAUUCAGUCAGUCUUCAAGUGUUGGCAGUUACAUUCAUACUAAUGCUAGCGGAAUUAAAAAAAAUAAUUUAACCAAAUAACCAUUGAUAUGUACUCUCGCUUACUUUUUCGCUUUCGCUACUUGAAUGUCAUGUGUUGAAGAAACAGAAUAUAAAGAUCUCUUUGUCUGUAUUUACAGAAUAAGUCAAAUUAAGGAAUUUUCUUGAACUAAUUAAUUGAAUGUAAGUUAAAUUUAGUUAAUCGACUGAAAAAAUCUUUAAAUAUGUCUAAUGUGAUUGUUGUCACAGCGUCCGUCGUUUAAAUCCUUAAAUAGUCUAAUUUCUAAUUGUCUCAGUCUAGUUUGAAGAUUGAAAUUAAAGUAAAACGUGAAAAUAUUGUAAAAAUAUUAAUUUAGCAUUUAUUAUUCCCAUAUUAAAGUUAUCUGUUACUUCUGUCCAACAAAAUACGGUGUUGUGUGUGCUCGUGGGCGACGGUAGUCAUUUACCAUCAGGUGAGCCACAUGCUCGUUUGCCCCUUGUGUUAUAAAAAAAAAUACAUAAUUUCUUUUUUUUUUAACCUGCGGAAAUGUAAGGAACUGGAAACUUUGUUAACUUAGUUUUUCCUCCCAUAAAAAAAAUUACCGUUACAGUGAGUAAUCUGCGUUACGAGGUCUCGAGUUUGAUUCUUGGUCGGGCCAGUUCACGAAACGAACUUUUCGAAACUUUAACUAAUUUUUUUAUAAUACAGUAUUCUAGUUUGAAGACAGUAUUUACUGAUAAUUUUAAAAUUAGCUUUUAAUGACGAUUUUUAUUUUGAAUUAAAUAAAAAAAUGAAUUAGUAAGAAAGAAUAAGUUUGUGAGCUCGUAUGUAGCACGAGUCUUAAGAUUGUGAAAUGGUCUUUUUCGUGAUGCUUUUCUGUUACUUCAGAUAUUUCAAACGUAGUGUGAAAGAGUAUUUAGCAGGUGUAGUGUGGCGAACCGUUGAAAGAAGAAUAUAAUCAUAGACUUUACUGUUUCAGUGUUCACUCAAGACCGUGUGGUCAAAUGUGCUAUUAUAAAAAAAUAUAAUUUGUUAAUUAUGUGUCAGUUGCUAUUUUUGUCAAUUCAUAGCAGGUUAGUGUAUAGAAAAUGUUAUACGGCCGUAUAACCUUACCAAAUUUAGAUACAACCUGGUUGCAUAUCUUCUACAUAAACUGUGUCGAAUAUAUAAUCUAGUAAUGUAAUAUUUGCUUUGAUAAACAUUUUCUAUACACUAGCCUGCUAUAAAUUGAGAAAAAUGGCAACUGAUGGUGUAUCUUUCGUUCUCUCUUUACUAAUUAUAUUUGCAUAAGAAGAAAGGAGGCAACCAUAUAAUUUACAGUUUUUAUUUUUCAUUCAUUCCUUCUAUGUAAUUCCUUGUUCUUAGGAUAAACCAAACUUUUGUACAAAAUACAUCAGUGCCAACUGUGCCAUUGGUGGGCAUUAAAUGUAAAAUCUAAUUCUGUUUCACUCUAACGCAUAACGUACUUUGACAUUACUAUCUUGAGAGGUACCUACAUAGUUUAGAUUUUGAUCGUUCAAUCGAGUCUCGUUGAUUUUGCAUUUUUUGUUUAAAUAAUGAAUAAUGAUUGAAUACUUACCCGUCAAUACUUAAUUGUAAUGUAAUUACGAUACAUUUAUGUAAUAAUUAUAUAUAAAAGAAAUAAUUUAGCAUUCCUACUCCCCUAGUCUUAGCAUUUUUACUAUUAUAAGUAUUGUUCAUAUUUUAGUAAUCUUAUGAUGUACUAAUAUACUCAUAUAUAGUUUUAGAGAGUCCAUAACGUAACUAGAAGCUUCUUAAAGCCUUAGAGAUAUUUAAUAAAAAUAUUAUAAUAAAACAUAUUCUAGAAACUACCUAAUUUGCCAAAUUAAAAUUAAAAUAUCCUGUAAUCGUGCCGAAAUAUUCUUAGCCAAUUUAUACUGUAAAGAAAAAAUAACAAGUUAAGCGAUAUAGUUUAAAUAUAUAAAAAAUAUUAAUACAAUUAAAAUUACGUAUCAAUUAAUAAUAUCAGAUAAUUUUUAUAUACUUGUAAUUUUUAAAGGGUUAAUAAUUUAUAAAAAAAAAAAUAAUGAUGUAAUUAAAUUGUAUUUUUAACGUGAAGGUCAAAAAUAAGUACCUACAUAAGUAUGUAUAUAAUAUUAGUUUCGGUUCCUUUUUUUCAUUUGUUAUUUUAUUCGUAAAAUUAAUUACAUAAAUUAUUUCGUUUAUUUUAAAUUUAAAAAGAAUAUCGUGGAUAAAAUUUUUCAUAUUUUUUUUAUAAAAAAAAUGUCAAAUGGUGCUGCAACGAUGUCAUCGGUACUUUAUAAGCAAUAUUAAAAAAUAUGGAAUACAUUUUGAUAGAUUCUAUCAUAAAAUACCAAUUAUUACUGGGAAGGUACGAAUUUCACUUGUUUGUUUUUUAUGCAUUGUGACAAUAGUCUUAAAUACUAUUUUAAUGAAUCAAUUCCACCUAGUGGCAAAUAUAAGUACUAGGAACUAGUUGUGAUGGACGCCCAUGAUGUCCGUUGAUCGGCGUUUUAGAUCUAAAAAAUCGCAUUAUGCGCUUGAUAUAAUCUACAUUCUUACAUUUUCAUUAAAAACAGCUAUUACAACUAAUUCAUAUUUGCAGUCUUUUGUCAACUUAUUAUUAUAUUUUAAUUAUUUAUAUCUGCUUUUUAACCUAUUGAACUUAUACUAACUGUAGAGAGUUCAAUUUUACUUAUGAGGGGUCGGGUUUUUUAAAUAAAUCGACUAGUGUCACUUUUUUUAGAAGGUUGAAAAAUACUACUUACAUUAUUAUUAGCAAGCAGUGUUUUUCAACCAAUUGCAUAAAAAUAUUAUGAAAUUUGUGGUAUAUUAAAAUUUUUUUUUAUUUUUAUUUUGUAAAUUAUUAUAGGUUUAUGUUUUUAUAUUUCUUUUUUAAUUUACAAAUUAAGACUAAACACUAGUGAACCUUACGCUUCGUGUCAUUAUAUACUGCUAGUAGUCUCAUUAGUGUUGGCCUUAUAAAAAUUUGUACAUUUGUUUUUUAAUUUUAUAUUUUGUUGCACUUGUGGACUUAUUUCAAUAGGCACACAUUACAGAGAAUUAACAAUCGUUUUUACAAAAUUAUUGUUGCAAAAAAGUAACUUAUUUGCAGAAUUACGUAUAUUAUUAUAUUAUAUAUAUUUCUAAUAAUAAUAAUUGACAAAAAUGAUUAAUAUAUAUAUAUAUAUAUAUAUAUAUAUAUAUAU